UAAGGAUUAGGAUGUACUACGGCUAGAAUUUGAAAGUAGGCGCCAUCAAACAGCGAAUAAAGAUUUUAGGGUUUAUAGAUUAUGGUGAAGCAAAACAUAGUCAGUCUAUCUGCUCUCACUUGAAGUCAAGAACACAAUAAAAGAGCGGGAGGAACGCCCAUAUUUCUGGUAAAAGCCCCCAACCCGUCAGAAGAUGUCUAUUGGAGUCCGCGAACUAUGCGUUCUGGGAGCGUUCAAGCCAUUUGGCCUGGUCGCCGAAACUCAGGAAGGAAAUCCACCCCAGAUUUUAUCUGGCGAUUACAGUUACUUCCUCUUCAGUCCUGAAGUCACCAAACAAAGAGAAGUAGCGGAUGACUUCAACGAAGCUUCACCUUCCAGUGAUCGGAGUGAUCAAGAACUUUUUGUCAGAGGAAACAGGAUAGUAUGGAGCAUAGGUACACGAGUGUAUAAGAGGUUCACUUCACUCUCCACAGUGAUCAAGGUUUUCUUGUGCCGGAUGGGGGGUAUGUCUGAAACUGUUCUUUGUGUUCAACAAAUGGAUAGUUUAGCAAUUUAUAAUACCUCAGGAGAAGUCAUAUCUGUCCCUCUUCCUCAUAGCAUUUUAUCAAUAUGGCCUCUUCCAUGUGGGUUGCUUCUUGAACAAGCAGCAGAAGGGGUCUCAUUCACCAACAGCUCACACUCUUCUUCAAGCUUGUAUUUAAGUCCCAUUGACACAGUUCAUCCUAAAAGGAAUCUAAUCCCUUUACACAAUACGAAUAGGAAUAUUGAAAUUGAUUUUACCUUGAAGGGAGAUGGGUUUUCAAUGUCCUCACAUCUGAUAUUGAAGGACACCCUGGAAGAACCUCAGUUGACUUAUGUUGAAGAAAGAGGGAAACUUAACAUAAUGAAUGAAUUUGAUGAAAGAACCAUUUGGACAGGAGAGUGUGUACCUUUGAUGGCAUCAUAUAACAGAGAAAAGAUGCAGCAUUCCUUGUGGGCCGUGGAAAUUAUUAAUUCAAACAUGGAAGUGCCAAGUCCUAAGCUUUCUAAUAUCCCUUCUGGAGUGAUCUCAAAACAAUUUUCCUUCAGGAAGAUAUGGCAAGGGAAGGUUUCACAGACAGCUGCUACCAAGGUAUUUCUUGCAAGUGAUGAUGAUGCAUCACCCAUUAUUUGUUUUCUUCUCCAAGAUAAAAAAAUAUUGCUCUCUGUUUGGCUGCAAGCUGAAGACAUAAACAGUGAAGUAGUCUAUGAUAUCAAACCUGAAAUGAGCUGGAGCAUACCAGCAGUGGAUGCAGUACCAGUUUCUGUUACUCGCCCAAGAGUGAAUGUAGGUGCGCUUCCAUUUGCGGACAUUGUUACUUUGACACCAGAUAACAUUCUUCUUCUCUAUGCUGGGAAACAAUGUCUCUGUAAGUAUGUAUUACCGCCUUCUUGGGGAAAAGAGAACAGGCCAGACAAUAAUCUAAUGGAAGAAAAACCCGCUACGCAUGAUUUAAAAGUUAUUGGAUUAGCUGAUGCCGUCGAGGAGCGUAUAAAUGUAAUUAUGAAUAAUGGACAGAUUUACAGAUGUGCAUUGCGUCGCUUCCCUUCAUCAAUGUUAGCUAAUGAUUGCAUCACAGCAAUGGCAGAAGGGUUGAAAUCUAGUUUCUACCAGCACUUUGUUUUUCUUUUAUGGAAGAAUGAUGACUCAGCUUAUCUAAGUAGGAACGAUGUUACUGCUGAUUCAGAGUGGGAGUCAUUUCGUAGUGUUAUAAUGAAAAUGUGGAGGUGUUCUACUCAUACUUCUAAAAGGCCUUCAGGUUUGACCUCGUGUUCGUCAUGGGAGUUUCUCAUUAACAGUUGCUAUCACAGACAAUAUUGUCAGAGUAAUCUAAUUGCUGGAGUUCCACAGUUGGUAUCUUCCAAUCGGCAGGGGUUUGAUGCAUCUGAGUUAUUUGAGGGAAGAACACAGAGAUCUAGCAACACAUUUUAUCAUGAGCUACUAGUUGAGAUCCUAGAUUCACUUCAUGCAGUAUAUGAGACUUUGAAACUAAACAGUCUCCGGAAAAGGGACUUGGAUCUCUUGGUAGUUCUAUUAUGUGAUGUUGCUGCAUUUUUAGAUGAAGAUUGCUACUUGGAUCAUUAUAUACGUGACUUUCCAAGACUUCUGAAAGGGAUUAAGAUGCCAUGUGAGACAUUUUCUCAGAAAAGACCGUCCAAUUUAUUCAGGUGGCUUGAGACAUGUUUGCGACAUGGAUGCAAUUCUGCUAGUAUAUCUGACAUCCCACCAUUGAUUUUUAAAGGAGGAAGCUCUGUUGUAAACUGGGCACGCAAAAUUGUAUCGUUCUACAGUCUUUUGUGUGGUGCAGAUCAAUUGGGUAAUAGGCUGUCAUCUGGUGUUCACUGCAACAUGGCAUCUGGAUCAUCUCACUCUAGAGAGGAAAUUACUGUCCUGGCAAUGGUGGGUGAGAAAUUUGGUUUACAACAGCUAGAUUUGCUACCGGCUGGUGUCUCUCUCCCUUUACGACAUGCAUUGGAUAAGUGCCGUGAAUGCCCUCCAGUGAAUUGGCCUCCUGCUGCUUAUGUACUUAUUGGCAGGGAAGAUUUGGCUCUGCCACGGUUAGCAUAUCCAACCAAAUCAGGGGAACUUGAGUAUCAUAUUAAUGCAAAUUUAGUUUCUGCGUGUACUCCGUACAUGCUGCACCUACACCCUGUGACGAUUCCCCCCUCUGUAUCAGACUCAAUAGAGUCAGAGAAUAACAAGCUAGAAGAUGCAGAUUCUCUUGAGGGAUCUAAGAAUGAUGGUAUGGACCAUAUUUUUAACUCUAGCACGCUAUUGCGGUAUGGUCGUGAUCUGCGGCUAAAUGAGGUUAGACGAUUGUUAUGUUCUGCUAGACCAGUAGCUGUUCAGACACCAGUUAACCCAACUGCCUCAGAUCAGGACCUUCAACAGGCUCAACUAUGGCAACUUGCGCAGAGGACUACUACCCUUCCAUUCGGGCGUGGCGCUUUUACACUUUCUACUACUUGCACACUCUUGACGGAGGCACUUGGAGUCCCGAAGCUUGUAUUAGCAGGUCGCCUGCCGGCUCAACAAAAUGCAAUGGUUAAUCUAGAUCCAAAUGUACGAAAUGUACAGGAACUUAAGUCUUGGCCAGAGUUUCAUAAUGCUGUUGCUGCUGGGCUAAGACUUGCUCCUGUUCAGGGUAAAUUGCCUAGAACUUGGAUAAUGUACAACAAACCUAAAGAGCCAAGUGUUAUUCAUGCCGGACUACUAUUUGCUCUGGGGCUGCAUGGGCAUCUUCGUGUCUUAACUAUAUCUGACAUAUACCAAUACUAUUCACAGGAGCAUGAUAUUACAACUUUAGGAUUAAUGAUUGGACUAGCAGCAUCAUACAGAGGAUCAAUGCACCCAGCAAUAUCAAAGUCACUUUAUGUACACAUACCGGCACACCAUCCAACUUCAUAUCCUGAAUUUGAACUAACAACACUUCUGCAGUCUGCAGCACUUAUGUCUCUUGGGCUUCUGUAUGAGGGAUCGGCCCAUCCUCAAACAAUGCAGAUUCUUGUGGGUGAAAUAGGUCGUAGAAGUGGAGGGGAUAAUGUACUUGAGAGAGAGGGUUAUGCACUCUCUGCUGGGCUUUCACUGGGGCUUGUCGCAUUGGGUUGUGGAGAAGAUGCUAUUGGCUUUGCAGACAGAUUGGUAGAUCGACUGUUUCAAUAUAUCAAUGGCAGCGGUGGUCCAAAUGAGCGGUACUCAUUUACAUCACCAGUUGAUGAACACAACCGCAGUGCGGGACAGAUAAUGGAUGGCACAUUUAAUAAUAUUGAUGUUACUGCUCCGGGGGCCAUAGUUGCUCUUGGUCUCAUCUACUUGAAGACUGAAUCAGAAAUGAUAUUCUCAAGGUUAUAUAUUCCACAGACGCGCUUUGAUCUACAAUAUGUGCGACCAGAUUUUAUAAUGCUACGCAUCAUUGCUCGGAAUUUGAUCAUGUGGAGCAGGGUUCAGCCAUCUGAAGAAUGGAUUUGGUCUCAGAUUCCACAAGUUGUUCAACAUGGUAUAGAAGGCCUUGCAGAUGAUAUGGACAACAUGGAUGAGGUUGAUGCUGAAGCUUUUUUUAGAGCAUAUAUCAACAUAGUGGUUGGAGCAUGUAUUUCCCUGGGGCUGAGAUUUGCUGGCACAAGAGAUAGCAAUGCACAAGAACUUCUUUACAAGUAUGCUUUGUAUUUCCUUAAUGAGAUAAAGCCUGUUUCUUUUACAAGUGGACAUACCUUUCCAAAAGGGCUAUCUGAAUAUGUUGAUCGUGGCACACUUGAAACAUGCCUUCACCUCAUUGUUCUUUCCCUAUGUGUGGUUAUGGCUGGAUCUGGGCACUUGCAGACAUUUAAACUGUUGAAAUUUCUCAGAUCUCGAAAUUCUUUUGAUGGGCACUCCAGUUUUGGUAUUCAGAUGUGUGUAAGCUUGGCCACUGGAUUUUUGUUUCUUGGAGGUGGAAUGCAGACCUUCUCCACCAGCAAAAGUUCUAUUGCUGCUUUGCUAAUAACCCUUUAUCCACGGUUGCCAAAUGGACCUAAUGACAACCGAUGCCACCUUCAGGCAUUCCGACAUUUUUAUGUUCUGGCAACAGAAGCUCGCUGGAUUCAAACAGUUGAUGUUAACACUGGAUUGCCUGUCUAUGUACCACUUGAAGUUACUAUCCGGGAAACUGACAACUAUGCAGAAACAAGUUUCUGUGAGAUCUCCCCAUGCAUCCUUCCAGAGCGCACCAUUUUGAAGGCUGUUCGCAUUUGUGGUCCCCGUUAUUGGCCUCAAGUCAUUGAGCUCAUCCCAGAAGAAAAGCCAUGGUGGACUUCGGGGGACAAGAGUGACCCGUUCAAUUCUGGUGUACUAUAUGUGAAGAGAAAAGUAGGAGCAUGCUCAUAUGCGGAUGAUCCUAUAGGUUGCCAAUCACUGCUAUCACGAGCAAUGCAUAAAGUUUUUCGGUUCACACACUCGAGAGUAUCUGGAAGUUCCAAGUCUAUAGCUGAUAUCACCUUAGAUCAGUUAGUCAGUACAUUCUCAUCUGAUCCAAGCUUAACUUCCUUUGCCCAACUAUGCUGUAAUCCUUCAUGGAAUAGCAGGUAUGGAAUUGCCUUUCAUGAGUAUUGCUUGCAAGUGCUAUUCGAGUGUGUGAGCAAGGACAGGCCAGCCCUUUUACAGGUGUACUUGUCCAUAUACUCCACAAUCGAGUCAAUGGCUGAACAAGUCACGGGCGGUUCCAGUAACUUUAGUGAUUCAAUUUUCCUCUUUAGUCUAAAGCUUGCACUGUCCUAUGGCGAAUCCUUGCUGAGUAAAAAACUAACCAGUUCAGGAAGUGGCAUCAUGCACACAACUUUUCUGGGUACAAUAAAGAAGAGGGUGGAGGAAAUUCUCAGUUCUUCAUCCAAUUUACAAAGCAAUCUUGAGGAUUAUAUGAAAUCAGGAAAAUGGCCAUCUGAUGGUAGCCAGGCUUCAACUCAUCUUUCAUGGUAUCUACAGUGGUAUGGAGUGCCAUCAACAUAUGAACUUAGAAAAGCCAAGGAGAAAAUGAAGGCCCUCGGCAUGCCCUCAUCUGUUCCUUUACUGCAUUUGUUAUUUCCGAGAACAAGUGUUAAUGCACUUGCUGAGAUCAAUAGGUAGCGUCUGUUGUAAUAUCUAUACUGCUGGUGUUGAAUAUCUCAGCAUAUGGGGCCGAUUCUUAAGCUGAAACAAACACGUAAUGUGUGGUGUUGUAAAAUCAUUUUUUUGCUUGGGAAGUGUAAAUUAAAAGAAAGAACCUGUUAACAAAUCAGGGUGAUAACUGUUGGAAAGUGAGAAAGUCUGGUAAGAUGUGCAACUAAUUGUAACUUGUAAGGUAGGUUAGUUAACAAGCAGAAUUAACUCAAAGGCUUGCAGUAUAGUAGUUAUAGUAAUACCCCA